AUGCAUGUCUUGUUGCCUAUCACUAUUGCUCGAGCAGAGGCUGAACGUGCCAUUCAACUUAGACAACAACUGGGUGGUGCCCUUGCCACAAGUGGCACACAAUCUAUUUCUAGUCCUCUCAUGAUUACUCCACCAGAGCACACAGCUGCUCUGAUGCAGGGUUCUGGAGUAAGGUCGACACCUCCACAGUCACAACCACUGAAUCCAGCAACCUCACUUCCCCCUACAGUCAGUGCAGUGGGUGACGAGUCCAAGAGGACGGCAGCAGCUAUGGCAGAUAAGCUUGCAUCUUUGUCAGCACCUGCGUUUCAUUCCCUUAUCUCAUCUCUUGCUGCUGAGCAAGCCGCUUCCAAUGGUGGAUCGCCUUCAGGAGAAUUCUCUGGAGGACCACCUGGCUUCCAGAUUGAAAAAGGCAUUCUUCCCUUUUCUGGGCAAGCGCCACAGAUGCAACAACAGAUUGGAGCAGUGCCUACUUCUCUUGGAGGCACGCAACCACCACCGCCAGGUCCAUUCCCACCACCACCAGCGCCGCCGCCACUGCCAUCUAUAUUGCCACCGCUUCUGCAACAAUUUGCUCAAAAUACUGGAGGAAUGGUCGGAGUGGGAGCACCUUUUGGGAUGAUGGCUGGCUCUAUGCCACCUCCGCCUCCAUUGUCGCUGCCGGCAGGUUUCCCGGGACUAAGUGGGCCACCUCCACCUCCACCAGCUCAGAACCAGCCCCAGCAGCAGCAGUCUCCGCAGCCACCGCAGCAAUCGCCGACAUCAACCGGAUUCUUUCAAUCAUCAAUCACCAACGGCAGUGAUUCAACGGCGGCAUGGCAUUCAUCAGGCUAUAAAGGCAGCACCUUGUGCUAACUUUGUACAUUAUUAAACAAUAAUCCCCGAGUAUCGAGCUUAUAUGUGACUGGUCCUGCAAGCGAAGCAGGACCAAUGGUCACGGAUUAGAAAGAUCUGUAGAAUAGGCAUGCGGCUUGUGAUGUAUAACUAAGUUGUUCCUUUUGGUCCGAGGAGUUGUUUGACUCCUCAUGGUCAUACGAAGUAGUUAGACUUUGUUUUUUUUUUCCUUUGCAUUUGAUCUCCUGAGGCAAAAGAAACCGAUGUUGGCAUUGAUGCUUAAGAGUUGCCCACUGUUAGAACAGUUUUUGGGUUGAAACAGCUGUAGAACUUACUUGGUCAUAGUCUCAUAGAGUCAUAGGUAAGAUGUGAACUGCAAAUAUUUGUCAUCUCGUCGCUUGAAUUUAUUUAUUAUUAAUUUUUCAAUCAUAACUUCCUUUUUGGGUGCAAAAUUAUGGCUCUCACAUCACUUGCUCUCAAGACAAGGGCUAGUUUGGAGCAAAGGAACGGUGAUUAGAUGAGUUGCCUAUAUGGUCUGUUCAGUUGGGGUAGGGAUCCCUGCGAUAUGCUUAAGCUUAACCUUUGGUUUGUUGAUGCUGUAAGCUAUGCAGGCCAAGCUUGCCUUAUUUUGCUUCCAAAGACAAGGGAGCAUGGCAACAACAAUGAGGGGAAGAAGAGAGUACCAUGCACAGAUUCAUCUCAAGCUGCCAACUCUGAGUGGAAAGAAAGAGACCUCGGGUUAUAUUAGUUGUAUCUACUACAAGAUCGGAAUGAUACACGGCUGACCUAGGAAAAAAGGAGAAAAAGAUUGCAAGCUGCCUACCAAGCCUACAACUACAAGAGAGGAUCAGAGGAGGAACAAGAUGUCCCAAAUUAAAGGGCGCUAACUAAUUCUGCCUGGGGUUGAACUUGCUCCCCGGCGCCGACCUCGUGCUGGCGUUGAACUCCACGUUCGGCUUCGUUGCCGCCGCAGUCGCAGCUGGUUCAUGGGCGCCGCCCUUGACAUGGAAGGAGUUGGUGGCUGUGGCCGCUGUCGGUUGCCGCAGCAGCAACCUCCUGGCAGCCGCCCAACCUUGGCCGUCCGGACGCAGAGUCGUCGCCGGCGAUGCUGCCGCAGUCGCACUGCUGAUGAGGAGGAAGAGGAGAUGGAGCAAGAUCACGGCGCUCAUGGCAGCCUUCAUCGAUCUGCAGCUUCACUUCACUUGUGAGCAGGGGCAGGAGUGGUAGAUCUCGAGGGUGAUUGAUGAUGAUCGUGGAUGUAAUGUAAGAGUGGUGUUGGUGUCUGCUUGGACCUGCACAGUGUGCUAUAUAGUAACCGCGGCCUGUACAUAUAUUGCGGCCGGGCAGGUAACAUGGUUGCGAGUGGAAGAAGCACGCUCCUUCCACGUCCACUAUCACUAUCAGUAGCUGGUCAGGAACAUGCAGAGAACAUGGAUGCUACUAUAUCAGGUUAGGUUAUCUGGUCAAAUGCUUAGUGUGGGCAGUACAGACGGAUUUCGUGAAUGCCGACCAUGUGAAUUGUGUUCAUCUUACUUUGACUAAUAUUUGUACAUACCGGCCGGCGCCGUAUAAACUGGAGGAGUUUCCCUCUAUCAGUUCAGUUAA